AUGCCUCGCUCGUCUAAGCGACAAACGAGGUUGACCUUCGAUCCACUGCCGACAUCAUCACCGGCACCUCCUGACAUGAGUAAAUCGGUCCGCGACCGCGCCGCAACUGUUCGAUUCGAGGGUGCAAACCCAGCCAAGAGACGCAAAGUGCACGAUGCUCCUGGACCUUCACUUGCCUCGAUCACACCUGACAUACCUGAGAAGAGCCUACCGCCCACACCGGACCCGACUGGGCUCACCAACUCCUUUGGCGCAUCAGCUGUCAGCGACGACGAAGACGACAUCAGACCUACCCAACGACUGUCGAGUCGCAAGAGCCAGAAGAAACAACAAAAGCUCAACCUCACGCCAUCGAGCCCCAGAGCUAUCAACACAGCGCGACCAGUGAGAGCUGGCUUCUUUGGGACUCAGCAGCAGGCUGAUGGCGACUCAAGUGACGAGUCGGACUCCCUACCACAACUUCCAGUCAGAAGCCAAAAGCAAAAGAAGAGCAAACGUCAGAAGAAACAAAAGUCGCCAUCACCGGAUGUAGAGAAAGAAGAGGAAGUCGUACAACCAACUAUCAUCUCAGACGAAAGUGAAGACGAUCUACCAACAACACCAGCAGUGAAUCGUAAGCGCAAGCGUCAAGCUGAUAGCUCUUCACCUCUGGCCCUCAUCCCCGACGACGAGGACGACGACGACAGCGACGUCGUUGUCACUGGCUCUCGAAAGCGAACACUAGCUACCAAGAAACAAGCACCGCCGCCACCACAAUCUGAGUCUGAUCCAGACGACGAGCCACCCUCAUCCCGGUCUCGCAAGCGCCUACGACGAGCCAAAGAUUCUGCACCAAUGCGCACAAUAACUGAAGAAGAGAGGCAGGACCUCGAGGAUGAUCUUGUGGAUCUAGCUUCUAGUGGUAGUGACACUGAAGUUCGAGUCUCACAGAGAAACAAAUCUCCACAAAAGAGCGCUCGUCAAUUAGCCCUAGAGCGCCUCAAGGCCAGGAGAAAAGCCCCUAUGAGCAGCAUCGUUGAGGACGAGGAUGAUGAGGAGGAUCAAGUUGAAGAUGAAGAAGAAGAUUACAAUCAGAGUUCCAAUGAAGAUGAGGAGGAAGAAUACGACGACUUGCCAAAGCCCUCGACAAAUAGGACCACUCGCAAGCAGAUGUUUACUGAGGAUGACGAAGACGAAGGCUUUGUUAUUGAUGAUGACGGCCCGCUCGGCGUGCCAACCAACGUGCCAAUCGCCUUUACUCGUUACGCAUCGAUGAAGGCCAAAGACCUGUUCCGUUUCGCUAUCGACUGGAUGGUGCAGAAAAAGAUCAACCCGGCCUUCCAAAUGGAGGACGAGAUCUACGACUUGACGUUCAAAAAGCUCGACGACGAAGUCAAGGGACUGGCUGGCUCGAAGUUCCAGUCAGCAGCUUGGACAUCCAAGUUCACCCUGGCACUUCAAGCAAGACCAGACCUCCUUUCCGCACGAUUAGAUCGACAGUCUUCAGCUCACUUCGGCCGCGACAAGUGUGAUGCUUGCAACAGAUCUGGACAUCCAGCCACGUACGAGGUCAAGUUCGAAGGCAAGCCAUACGACAAGAACUCUCUGGAGCCUGUAGCACCACGCAAAGCCACCAACGGCGACUCGGACGACGACGACGACGACGACGACGACGACUCCAGCUCCGAAAGCAGCGUAGAUGAAAAUGCACCCGUCAACUACGACUCCCAAGGCCGCAAGAUCCUUCCCGAAGAAACCGUCUUCUAUCUCGGCAAGUUCUGCAUGAGCAAUGCCGAAACCGCUCACUCGUUACAACACUGGCGAUACCAUCUCUACGAGUGGGUAGUCGAAUACCUCGAAAGCGCGGGCUGGAAUACCCCAAAGCUGAUUGUUAAGCGCGAUGGCUGGAGUGUUCGCAAGCGCAGAAAGCAUGCCAACAAGAUUGUGGAUAUUAUGGAAGAGCAGGGCAAGAUUAAGGCGUUGUAUUCCGACUUCAAGAAGGAGAUUGAUACGGCGAGAAAUGCGAAGCAGGGGCGUUGGGAUAGUUCGCCUUGA